AUGGGGGCUCAUCGGACCAUGUGGCGAUCUCAAAUCGACAGCCUCGGCCACCCGGAUCGCUUCGUGGGUUCUAUUGCGGGUUGUGUCCUCGUCGCCAGUGCAGCCCAAUACUGGACCUCGUCGAGAUCAAUUCAGAUUGAAUCCGAUGCUUUGAGCUGGGUUCUGCUUUUGUUUCUGUUGAGAUAUAUCCGACGGCCUAGAGGCAGAGCUCUAAUACAGGGCUUGAAUCUUCCGUUUCAACAUGAAGUCAAGCCUAGAACAGGUUCUUGCUGGAUUGUCGGUGUGGCUAUAGCUGCGGCAUCUCUUUGCUCUGCUGAGAAUAAUGCCCCUAGUUUCUUACAACCCGUUUUGGUACCGUUAUUACUUUACAUCGAGAGGCAGCUGAAUCCCCCUCACCGGCGCUCAAAGACAGGACAGUCUGAUGGAUGGACAAGUUUAGCAAUCACCGCCUGGGGCUCAGUGGUGAUCUCCUUUGUUUAG